UUUUUCGGCUCGGUUCUGGCUUUUGCACGCCGCGGAUGGAAGAUCCGCGCGCACGAGCCCCACAGCUCAUGCGUAUACGCAUGUACGGAUGCUGGCCGCGGAAUAUAAUAGCGGUAAUACGAUGGAACUGGGACAGUUCUGCUUUGACGCGCGUCUUAGAAGCUUCCACCUGGCCGCUCCGUUUCGAACCGCGACUCUUUAUUUUUAGAACAUUCCAUCGACGAGAUUCCUUCCUUUCCUCCGAUAUCAAACCGAUAUUGUGGGUUAUCAGAAAUCGAAUAGGAAGUGAUCCGGUUUUUUCAGUGUUUCAAUCUCGCUUGAAACGAUAAAUAUUCGCUUUUUUCUUCUUUCUCUUCUUUCUUUCUUUCUUUCUUUCUUCCUUUUUUUUUUUUUUUUUGGUGACCCCGUCCCAGUGAACUCGGACGUUGUGACAUUUUUCCGUUCGCAAGUUUAGAAUCGCAAACUGUGGGUCAAGUGUACGUGGCUCGUUCUACUACGUUCUAAGGAAAUCAGACGCGGAUUAACACGAUUAUUAUGAACGUGAUCGGAGAGAGGUUGGGAGACACUGUCGCAACAUUUUCACGCACUCAAAACUGAUGUGGCGAUUAAGGUUUUGGAUUUACGUGCUGGUGGUAGCGAUAUCAUUGGCGCAAGUAAGGAGGGUCGUGGCCUGUUCUUGCAUGAAUAGUCAUCCUCAGACGCUGUUUUGCAAUUCAGAUUUCGUCAUUCUUGUAAGAGUGAAGAAGAUGACGAACGUGAACGAAUUCGAAACUGCGUACAACGUGAAAGUGAAUAAAUUCUUCAAGGCGAACAAGACAACGUAUCCCGCGCUGAGGAAAAAUAUUUUAUGGACCGCGUCCUCCGACUCCAUGUGCGGAGCGCAGCUUAAAGUUGGAGAAACGUACGUUGUGAGCGGACGCGUGAUUUACGGUGAUAAGGCGCAUAUAUCAUCGUGUGGAAUAGCGAUGCCUUGGCGUUUUGUGACGAGCAGACAGCGGAAGGGCUUCAGGCAUUUAUAUCAUUCCAGUUGUAUGUGCAAAGUUCGUUACACACCUUGGUGGAUCAAAGGUAUAACUUUGGAGAACACAGACGGCACGGAAUGCCUGUGGGAGACCAGGCCAGGUCCCGAGGAGUGUCAAAAAGAUUUCGGCAUCUGCAUGUACAGAGAAUCUGGAUGCUAUUGGACACCCUCGGUGCCUUACAAAAACUGCAUCAAGAAGUAUCAGCUGGAACGCGAGCAGAAAAGAGCGCGAGAACCUUAAUAUAUUCUUCCGUUUCGAUUCAAUACGAAAGUUCUAUGGUUGAAUGAAAGAUUGAUUGAUCACGAUGGCGAAAGGGAGAGAGAGAAAGAGAGUGAGAGAGAGAGAGAGAGAGAGAGAGAGAGAAUUUUAGUAACGUAGAGAGAUAGAGAUAGAGAGAAAGAGUAUCAACACGCAGUAAAAUCGGCGAUGUGCGUGGUUAAUUAAUGCUAAUUCUUCUAUAUAUUUAUUUAAAUCGAUUAAUCGAGCGGGUUGAAGAAACAUUUGUAAUAAUCGAAGAAUUCAGAAGUGUUCGAUCAAUGAAAGCUUGACGUUUCGAAUGAAAAUUGUAUUUUAAGUUUAGAAAUCUCUUUACUCUUUAAACUUUCAAUUGACUAAUAUUCAAUAAUAUUAGUAAUGGUUUUAAUUUUAAUUUGCCGAUUGAAAGUAUAAAGAGUAUAAAGAGAUUAUUGAACAACUGUGCGACUUAUGUAUUUAUUAAUCAAACGCUUCUGAAUACUUCUUUCAAUCAAGUAACUCGGAAACUUUACAAGUCAAAUUGUAUAUUGAUUCGAAGAAGUUGGCAUUAAUUUCUCAAUAACGUGGCGUUUAUCGUUUCAGCAUCGCGCCAUGCUCUAUUUAUUGUUGCGUUCUAUCAGAAGUAUUAAUUAUCCGGGUGGACGAGUUGUGUGGACGAGUACAAAAAAAAAAAAAAAAAAGAAUCGUUCGUUAAUUAAACACGAAGCAGCGGAAUGAUUGAAAAUUAUACGCAGCCAACCCGGAAGCUGUUGUUCAAGGGCACUACGUGAAUCGUACUGACUCUUGAGACUGCUUGCAUUUUCAUGAGAAUUUUUACUUCGUUACUACGUUUCGAGGUUUGUUGCAUCGUAUUUUGUAUCAUUGUGGAUUCCUCGUUUUAUAAUUAUUUAUUUCGUUGACCUCUUUUCACACUCUGAAUAAUAAACGUCGUUAAUAAUGUAUUCGACGUUUACCUAAUUGGCGUUAAGGAAGAUUUAUAUUUAUAAACGAUUUUUCUUUUUCUAUAUAUAUAUAUAUAAAACAACGCUCCAUUUAAUUGAAUUUCACAGCAACCUCGACUGAGUUUCGUUUCGAAAUCUGAAAUAAGCAAGUAAUAACAAAAGAUUGGCCAUCUCUUUUUAGUUGUACAUAUUAGGCUAUUAUGAUUAUGUAUAUUAUACAUUUUUAAAUUAUUCUCACUUUCAUCUCGUUGUACGUAGCUUUGCUCUUUUUUUCCUCUUUUAUAUAUAUAUAUAUAUAUAUAUAUAUAUAUAUAUAUAAGAAGCUGCUAGAAAGUAUUUAAUUUUUAGCGAAUCCUUGUAUAGGUUCAGUGAAUAUUGAAAUAACAUAAUCUAUAUUUUCUACAAAAAAAAAAAAAAAAAGAAAAAAGAAAAAAAAAUAAAUUUUAUAUUAUUUAAAAGGAGGAACAUAAUUCCUCGAAAAAAACGGAGAAAAUCCGGAUUUAUUUUCAACGAUUAUGUUAUCUCAUUAUUCGAAGGAUAGCACAAAGAUGCUAAGCGUUAUUAGAAAUGUUACAAAUCAAGUUGGGUUUCUCUAACUUUAUGUAUCCGAGCACGAUCGUAUUGUUUCUUGCCUGGUGAGGACAAGAGAACCUUUAGACGACCCUUCACGUGGGUUUAGAAUUUUAGUACAAAAGUGCGCGACACGGCGGAAGAAUUAGCCUGGAUCUUCCUAGCUUGAGGACGUAACACGGAACGAUGUAUGUUCUUAGUCUUUUAUUAGUUCUUCCAUUUGAUAACUUUUGUAAGUAUUAUAAUAUUUGAAACGAGAAAUGGGAAAAAAAUAAAACGAGAAACGUAUAAUAAUAAUAAUAA